GGGGGGGACAGAAGCAGCAGAGGCAGAAGCGGCGGCGGUGCUGAGCGGCUGGAUGCGCCGGGGAUCGGGGGAGGGGGGAGCGCUUCCUUCCUUCCUUCUCACUCUUAACUGUGGCGAUUAAAGUUGAGCGCGGACACGCUGAUGACCUGCGAGCAUCCUCCGGGGAAACUGUGCAUUUGACUGGCUUAACGAGCGUCAGUUUGCAUCUCUUCACUCCAGAUCAUUUGUUGCUGUCCAACAGUCCGAAGGCUGUUUUUCAACCCGGGCUGCACUGACGGAUACGGACAGACUCCCCGAGGAUCACAGAUGGACUGGCUCACACCUGAGAUGUGAAGUGUGUUAUGUGAGCCAAGGUGUUUUCCCACCUCGCUGGUGGUGGGGAGAGAUGCUGCGCUCCGUUGCCAUGACAGCAGAAGUUCUCUUUGUUCUCGGGUUCCUGAUGAGCGCCGCUCAGAGUAAUCCUAUAGCGACCUUACCGGUGAGCCGAGAGCGUCUGGAGAAGGUGCUGACCCAGGCCCGGGAGGACAAACACCAGGACAAGCAGGCCCCCGAGGAGCCGCUGGGAUACGCCGCUCAGCAGCAGCGGCAGCCGGAGGAAAUCAACACUCUGGGCGCCAACAGGACUGCCGUGAGCCGCGCCAGGCCGAACCUCAACUCCCAGGCGCGGGGAUCUAAGGGCGGGAAGUCCCAGGAGCUGUGGAGCGAGCAGGACACCCUGAACCAAAUAGACGAGGGCCCCACCAGCGACGUCACCCUCUCCCUGGACGCUAUCGACGAGUACGCCUACCCAGACUACAGGGGGAAGGGUUGCAUGGACGAGAGCGGCUUCGUGUUCGCCAUCGGCGAGCAGUUCACCCCGGGCCCCUCGACGUGCCCUUGCCUCUGCACGGACGAGGGCCCUCUGUGCACCAAGCCAGAAUGUCCCAAGGUUCACCCUCGCUGCAUUAAAGUGGACACUAGCCAGUGCUGCCCACAGUGCAAGGAGAAGAAGAACUACUGCGAGUUUCGGGGCAAGGUCUACGGCUCGCUAGAAGAGUUUAAGGUGUCUCCGUGUGAGAAGUGCCGAUGCGAGCCAAGCGGGGAGGUGUUGUGUUCGGUGGCAGCCUGCCCUCAGACUGAGUGCGUGGACCCGGAGUACGAGCCGGAUCAGUGCUGCCCCAUCUGCAAGAGUGGGCCAAACUGCUACGCGGACACCGCAGUCAUCCCGGCUGGCCGAGAGGUGAAGAUCGAUGAGUGUACAAUCUGCUACUGCACAUACGAGGAGGGCACAUGGCAGAUUGAGCGCCAGGCCACCUGCAGUAAGAACGAGUGCCAGCGGAGCUAGAGACUGGCAGCGCUGGAGAGGUGGUGGUGGUGGUGGUGGUGGGGGACAUUGGCACGCAACACCAGCGCCAACCCGCAUGUAAACUCUCAGCCUUUCACCCAGACUACCGGACAUCAGGGUCGGACGGCAGCCCUCGAGCAUUUCAGCAUUUAUACUGUAGUCACUCCUGCAUUACUGAGAAAAAACAUGCUUUUAUGAAAGUUUAUAAUCCACACACAGAAUAUCUAUUUAUCUAUGUAUUAAAUUAUUUAUGAAUAUAUACAAAUAUAGGGGUCAUUAAUGCCGAACUAGUGAAGAAUAUUUUUUAUAGCCUCUGUAUUUUAAUAAGCAAUGUAUUGGACCAGAGGUCAAUAAAACAACAGAAUGUAUAGAACACACACAGCUGUCUUUGGAGGUGAAAACCUCAACGUCUCGACACGUGGUGUCACCCGACAAAUCCCGACACCUGCCCCUCUACCACCAAAGUGCAGACUAGGCCGGAGGAGUGAUGGGUAAAGAUUUGCUGUGUAGGACGAUCAAGAGCAGAGUUAAAAACAAAAACGAGAAGCAGAGGAGAAUUCAAGAGGACAUGACUGUUUCCUGAUUUCUUUUAUCUUUUUGUUCUUUUUGGAUGUUCAAACGUGUUUUGUUUUGAAAGUGCUUUUUUGUAUUUCUCUUGGUACCGUGUGUUCAUGUUUCAAAUAAAUGCCAAUCUGUGCUCGGUUAAA